AUGCACAUUCGACCCUUCUCAAUGAAGUUGCUAGUUGUGGUGAUGCUUGGAUCUGUCGACGCGGCUAUCCCCAAGGAGACUUACUUCAGUACAACCUUCAAGUCUACGCCAACAACAUGUUUCCAAGUGACAUUCACUAAACACUAUCUGCCCGAGGUCAGAGUGAGUCUCGACGCUGAGUGCCCUGAUAAGGACGCGAGCGGCCUCCAGCUGAAGGUUAUCCAAAAUCCAGACAAUGUUUUUACCGUGGAUACCGCGGAUGCUAAGACUAAGGCGGAGUAUGACGAAUUCUAUGAGUGGAGUAAAACAGGGUGUCAUGAUGUUCUCAAGAUGCAGAAGGGAGACAUGAAACAGAUCACCUACAAAGUCCUCAGAGGAUUCGAGUCUCUCGAGGCGUCUAUUGGAGGAAAAUCGAGGCAGCUCACGCCUGGCAAGUGUCCCUAG